AUGAAGUCAGUUCUAGUAUCAGCGCUCAGCUUGCUGGCAGUGGCGGCUUCCCAGGUCACCUUCCAGAAUGCUUCGCAAACAAUUCUACGCGUCGACUCUGGAUCUUACGGCCCAGAGAUCGAGGAGGUCCACUACUACUACGAACAAUGGCCUAUCGGUAUUGCAGUAUCAUCUACCGGCCGAAUCUUCGCAUCCUAUACGCGCGGCAACUACACCUUCACGCUCGGUGAGACCGUCAACAAAACUGCGGAGCGCCCUUACCCAUCUCCAGGACUGAACCUUCCAGUCAGCCAGCUGAACACAACAUGGAACGGCAUUGGGUUUGGAAGUGGGAACAGUACGGGUUUAAUCUCUGUCCAGGCUCUGUACAUCACUCCAAAAAGCCAAGCUCGGCCUGAAACUCUUUGGGUUGUUGACACUGGCCGACCUACCAUCAUGGAUUCGAGCGGUGCACCGACGAUGCCGUACGCGCAACCUGGCGGACCGAAGAUCAUUGGCAUCAAUUUAUUGAACGACACUGUCUACGCAACAUACACUUUCCCGCCAUCGGUACAUUUUCCAGACUCUUACAUGAACGAUAUCCGCUUCGAUCUUCGCACCAAUGUUACGCAAUCCGGACAGGGCGUAGCAUACAUCGUUGACAGCAGCGAUGAAGGACGGCCUGGUUUUAUCAUGCUCGACCUCGGGACCGGUGAGAGUUGGCGUCGCCUCACUCAGCACCCAAGUGUUCUUCGCGUCGACCGCGAUGUACCCAGCUACCAAGGCCGUCCUUUCUACCAGAAGACGAUGGGAACUCCUAUCCAAACACUAAGGGAAGGUCUUGACGGUCUUCAACUCUCGCCUGAUGGCUCUCGCCUCUACUACUCCGCCUUGACUACCAACUAUCUCUACAGCGUCCCGACUGCCAAUCUACUGGCCCCCCCAAGCGGCCCACUUGUCGAGAUUGCAGCCGCAAACAACGUGACGGAUCAUGGUCAGCGCGGCGGCAACGCCAACGGCUUUGAGGGCGACUCUAAUGGUUUGAUUUACCAGCUCAUGCCCGAGCACAACGCCAUUUACUACUAUGAUCCGAAGGAUCUGCAGACACACUCAUUUGUGAGGGAUCCCAGGAUUAUCUGGCCUGAUGGCGCGAGUAUCGCGGCGGAUGGGUACAUCUACAUGAACAUCAACCAGCUGCCGUACCAGCCGAUGUGGAACAAUGGGACAGAUCUAAGAACAUGGCCCGGUGCAGUGUUGAGGUGCAAGUUGCCUGGUGAUGGAACAAAGAUCUCGACCUUGGGUUGA